AUGCGCUCUUUCAUAAAUAAAUACUAUCAUCAUGACUAUAAAUACCCUGUCAAGAUGUGGUGUCUUGCAGAAUCAGACGGGAAACCAAUGGCUGUUAUUUAUGAUGGAGCGAUUUUGAGAUUAAUUAAUUUAGAAACGAAAAGAAUCUUAAAAUCUUAUGAAUAUCAUCAAAUAAAUGCAUUCAGUGAAUGCAUAUAUGCACGUGUUAAUAUCUAUAGAUUCGAUUCUCUUUACUUACUCGCGUAUCAACAAAAACAAAUUAAAGCAUUCGAUGAAAAUUUAAAUGAAAUCCCACAAGCAAACUUUGAUUGUGGAAUGGCGAUCCUUGCGCUACAUUGGGUGCCAGAAACAGCAAAUUUAUACAUAGCAGGAACAAAUGGUUGGUUAAAAUGCUAUCAUUUAACAUGUAAAGCACAUAUUGCAGAUUUUAUAGCUAAAUGGACGCUCGUUUUUGAAAUCAGAUCAACAGAAGAUUGGAUUGUUUCGCUUGCUCAUGAUAAUUUCACUCAAACACUUUACGGUAUUGCUAAUACAACUUUGUAUGCAUGGGAAUUAGGAACAGGAAUUUUUAAAUUUCGUUUACCAGAUUUACACGAUAAAUUUAAAUUAUGUCAAGUUGCAGUUAUACCAGAAUCUAAUUUAAUUGUAACAUCCGCAUUGGAUGGUACAGUUAAAUUAUGGAAUGUUCAGAUAUCAGUUUGCAAAUUAUAUUUUACUGUUCCUUCAUUCUACUUAGGCUAUACAUCAUUCAGAGUCAAAGACAGAUUCAUUAUUACAAACUCUGCUGAUAGAACUAUUCGUUUAUUUAGAAUUGGAAACGAAUAUCCAUUAAGUUCUUUAGAUUUAUCAGAUAGUGCUAGACAAAAGAGUUAUGAUGAAGUUGUUAUUGUCAAACUUGAUACAAUUCCGCUUCUAAAUGGAGAAGAAGGCUACAUGUGUUUAACAUCUUACAAAAAUCAAUUGGAUUGUGUUACAAUAGGCUUUGUUCCAGAAGAUUACAUCACAUCCAAUUAUCCUAUCAUCAAUAUGGCAUAUGUUGCCGAUCUCAAAAAAAUUAUUUGCAUUUGUGAGAACAAUUUAUUGAUAACUGCCAUUCCUGAUCAGGAGAAUCCUGAUACAGUUGACUUGGACAUGAUUCCUAAGACCAAAACAAAGCGUUCUACUGCGAGUGAUACACUUUGUUUAUGUCAAUGCAGUGAUUCAUUGAUUACAGGGCACAAAAAUGGUUCUCUUAAGCUAAUUGAUGUACAAACAUUCGAAGGCUUUAUGAUAGAGACCGUUGAUUUGGAUGAUUCCAUUUUAUGCAUGGAUUCUUGCCAAGGAAUGUUCAAUUCCAACCAUCAGACAUGCGGUGUUAACCAGGAUAGGACAUAUCAAGACCAAGAUUACGUUGUUGCGAUGUCAAAAUCCGGUUCUGUCCAUGUUUGGUGUACAAGAUGCGGUUUGAACGUUAUUGAUCAGAAAUUAAACAAAAAAGAUGCUGUAAAAAUACAAGUUGUUCCAAAACAUAAACUUGCAUUCAUUGCAUCUGAGAAUACAGUGAGUUGUUACAAAUCUAACGGAUAUAGUUUCAUUCCAGUUAGCCAAUUAUCGACAUCUGGUAAUCAACUGAUAUCUACUUUCAUUGUAACACAAGAUCUAACUCUUAUUGUUGGUACAACAACAGGAGAAAUUAUUAUUGCGAAUAUUGAAUACGAAGAACAAGAAUCUACAUAUCAUAUCAACAUCCAUCACAUCUUAACUCCAGGAUGCUCCAGUACAAAAGAGAUUUUUAUGUGUGCAGACAAUUUAAUUUGCGCAUGUUGCUUCAGUGAUGGACAACUCUUUAUGUUUGAAACAAAAUAUUACAUGACAAUGGCCUCUGAUUAUUUUACAGAUGCAGCUCCUCUUUCAAGUGUCUUAUUUACCUAUAAAGAGGAAAAUCUCAAAGUUUUUAUGGCCUUUGGAGAACAUGUUCACUGUUACCAGCUUACCACAGAUAUUCCUGAUCCACCUGUUGUUGAAGAAGUCAAAGAAGAAGAGCAGGUUGUCGUUGCUCCAGUUCAUCAUUCAUCAAGUGAAGACGAAGAGAUACAAAUGCCGUUCACAAACCUCAAGGAUAGCAAAAAUAACGCAAGUGAUGAGGAUUUCGUCAUGAAUGUUCGCAAAUACAAGAACACAGACGAAUUUAAUUUAAUUGAUAGCAGAAUUGCAUCAAAAAUCACUUACGACAAGCUUCCUCAGCAACGACCAAAGCUCACUCUCGAAGAGGCAACAGCCAAAAACGAAGAAGAAAUCAAAAGAAUCCUUGGAAACAACAAAGACAAAAAGAAACCAAAAGUGACAAAAAAGAAACGACCACAAACAUCAUUAACCUCAAGAAACACACAGGAAAGACCACGUGGACUUGAUUUGACAUUGACCAAUUUCAGUUAUAAAGAUGUUCAGAAGCCGAAAGCAUUGUCAGAGUUGCAAAAAGAAAUAAACAACUCAACGAAGUCAAGAACAACAUUAAACAACUCCGAAUUAUCAUCAAGAUCUCAAAAACUGUCAACACAAACAUUAGUUAUUAAUGAUAACAAUAAAAACAAAUGGGCAGAGAUCACUUACAAUGAUGAUAUAACGACACAAAACAUAGAAGAUCCAUCACUGAUGUUUCCGACACAAGCAGGAAGAUGGAUGAUGAUUUCCACUGAGAAAAGAGAGUUAAAAUCAACAACACCAACUGCAACAUUGAACAAAGCAUUCAUUGCUCCGCCUUUGGGAUCAAAGAUUUUGUUCGAUGACCAAACAACGCUGAACUCUUUGCCUUAUUUCGAUCCAAGAGGUUUUUCAAUGAAAUUUGAGUCAGAAGAAGAAAAAAUGAAGAGAUUGGAAGAAGAAAAACAACAAAAAGAAGCAAGAAGACUGGCAAUGCGUGAAAGCCAGCUUUCUAAAUCAGCAAGACCUGUUCCUAGACCGAAUAUUCCUAUCAAGAAAGAUGAAGAAGCAACAGAAAUCAUUGAAAACGAAGAAGAAAAUCAAAAUGAAGCUGAAGAAGAAAAAGAACAAGAAAAACCACAAGAACAACAAAAGAAGAAAAAGAACUACUAUCCUAUGAAAAGGAAGACUGUUUCAAGAUUCAGUAAGAUGAUGAACUCAGCUCCAAUUCCUAUAAACGUUGAACCUAAAACUUCUUCAAUUCCUUCUCAUGUUGUUUCGAAAUCGAAUUCACAAAAGAAAAUUGUUUUCGAAAACAACAAAGAAAAUGACGAAACUGUUUUAAUUCGCCCUGAAUUUACUAUCCCUUCCAAAUUACCAACAACACCACGUGAUGAUAAACCACCAAAACAAGAAGGAACAUUAAUUAAACCUGUUGAAGUUACAAAAGACAAUAAAAAUGAACCACCUAUUGUUAUUACAACAAAACCUUCAUUGCAAAACCAGAAAGCAAAGAAAGAUGUUGUUUUGGAAAGACCUGAUAUGGAUGCAAAUAACUUCAACAACUUUAAUGAACAAGAAGUUAUUUCUUCCACAAGAAAACAACAUGAAAAACAACAAACUGUUCAAGUUAAAAGGAAAGAAAAACAAACAAAUAACAAACUUCCUGAUAAUAAAAUCAAUAGAUUUGAUAAGAAAAAAUUGCAAUCAACAAUUGGUCAUAAAGUUCAAAACAUGGAUCCAAAGAAAUAUGUUAUUCCAAAAGCUAGAGAACAGAAUGAAAUGGUUAAGAAAGCAAUGUAUAGUAGAAAACCUGCUCCUAAGAAAGAAGAAAAACCUAAAUAUGAAAAAGAUAAAAAUAAACCUGAAAAAGAAGAGAAAGAAGAAAUCGAAGAAACAGUUGAAGAAAAACCAGAGAAAUCGACAUUAAUAAAGAAGAAUCCUUCUGUUACAUUACAGAAAGAUCAGCCACCACCAAUCACAACCGAACUCAAAAGAAAACCAAGGAAAUGGGAAGAUAAUGGUAUCGAUUUCAGUUUUGGAGAUGGAGGAUUUAAAGAAAGUGAAACUCCAAGAAAAACAUUCGAAAUGUCAGAUUAUCUUCCGAAUCUCAAACCUUUCUGGGACCAGAAACAUAUCUACCCAGAAUUACCAAUCGAAAGAGUCUCUAAAUUGGCUCCAAAAGAUGGAAAAGUUAACACAAAUAAUUUGGAUGAGAAAUAUCCGGAUGUUUCUCCUGUUUUGUUUGUUAAGAAGAACUUCUUAGAAGACUUCGAAAGAUUCUACGCAUUCCAGACUGGAACAGAUGCAGAAUUGGACCAAGGAGCAACUUUUGGUGCAUUCGAUGUUCCAUACAGAAAGCGUAGAUUAAGUGCGUAA